CUCGAUACUUCAAGCUGUUCGAUAGCACUGUCAUCUUCAGUCCAACACGUACUUAUUUCGUACAUCUCUUAGAAUACAACAUGGCUCCGAUCACGCUCUACUUCCUCCAAGCGUCGCGCUGCAUCCGUACAGCCUGGCUACUUGAAGAGCUGAGUCUUGACUACGAAGUCAAGUUCUCUGACCGUACCUCAGCUUCAAAGGCUCCUGAAGACUUCAAGCUUGCGUCUUGCAAUCCAUUGGGCAAAUUCCCAACCAUUAAAGAUGGCGACCUCGUCAUCUACGAAAGUGGCGCUAUUAGCGACUAUCUAUGUGAUAAGUACGACAAAGAGGGCAAGCUGGUUCCCAAGGAUGCCAAGCAGAAAAUCAAAGUCUUGCAAUGGAUCCACGCCGCUGAGGCAACAUUCGCUCUUCACGGCUUGGCCAUUCUGUACGCUCGCUGGAACAUCAAGGACGCGCCUGAAGGUGUUGUCGAAGCCGCUGAGAGAGGAAUGUCGGUCAAUGUCCAGAAUGAUAUGUCAUGGUUGGAGAGCGAGCUUUCGCUAUCGCCUGGUCAGUUCUUGGUAGGAGACCACCCUACAGCAGCAGACAUCAUGAUGCAUUUCUCGGCAACAUUCAUUAUUGCGAGAGAGUUGGGAACCAACGGCAAGCAAUGGCCGAAUAUCGAGAAGUGGCUCAAGGCUUGCGAGGAUUCGGAGGGCUACAGGCGUGCAGUCAAGAAGACAGGACACAAUUUGACCCACAGCCACGGACCACAGACGGCAGCGAAAUGAAUCAUAGUUUACGGUGAAAGUAGCUUGCUGUAGACAGGAAUGAAACGCAUACG